UUUCCGAAAUCCCGAAGUCCUAAAUAUUCCAUAACCCGUAUAAAUGCCCGAUAUACUAUAAGUGCGACAACUGCAGUUUAUUACAUUUGUCCCCAUGAACAGUUAUCACGCAAUGCCGCAGCCUUAGGGUCGAAUUCUGAGGCUCACA